AUGACGAAAUCACAUUAUAAGACAUUAGGAGUUACAGAAAACGCAACCUCCUCUAAAAUUCGAAAGGCUUAUUACAAAUUGGCCAAAACUUAUCACCCUGAUAAAAAUCCCAAUGGAACCGAAAAGUUCAAAAUAAUUUUGAACGCGUAUGAGAUUUUGUCUGAUCAUGAACAAAAAGUGGCUUAUGAUUUGAAAAGAAAAGGCGGAAUGAAGUUCGAUUUCGAAAGCUUUUACGCAAAUACUUCUCCUUACACCUCAAGACGACGACGCAGGACGCCAACUCCACCAGCUCCACCCGCUCCACGAACUCCACCACGACCAUAUACUCCUCCACCACCACCUCCUAAGAGAUCAGACUACCAUAUCUAUACUACCGCGGAAGUUUCUUUAGAAGAAUCGUAUCUCGGCGUGAGCGCCUUCAAGGUUUACUGCAACCUCAAGGUGAACUGCCAAACAUGCCAUGGUAUUGAGAGUUGUUUUCUCUUUUCUGAGAAUUGUGUGACUUGCAAUGGUGCUGGAUAUGUCCAAACCCGGUUGAGUGAUAACAGAAAGAAAGCAUCUGUUACGUGCUCUGGUUGUGAUGGAGCAGGAGUCAAUACUUACAAAAAGAAAUGCCAGACCUGUCUUGGGGCCAGAGUGACUCCUGUUAGUGUGCUUAUUCCAAUUGGCAAAGGCAUCGGUUCCGGCGACACAAUCAUAUUGGAGAAGUAUGGCAAUUUUAUGCCAGACAACGUUACAAAGGGGGACUUGCUUAUCAAGGUGACAGUCGAACAUAAAUGGGGCUGUUUCUCGCGCGAGGGAGACAAUUUACAUGCCUUUAUCGACAUCAAACUACGAGUUGCUCUCAUGGGUAUAAAUCGAAAGCGAGAUUUUAUAAAACAUAUGGAUGGCCGAAAAUUAAACUUUCAACAAGCCCCCGGAACAGUGAUUACACCCGGUAUGGACUUCUUUCAGAAAGGUCAAGGAAUGCCCUUAUUCUCUGAUACGAAUGGCAAUAAGGGUAAUCUUUUCAUUAAAUUUAAUGUGAUCUUCCCUGUCCACGUCAACAUUCCCACGGAUACAUACGUUCGGAAUGAAAUUAAUAUUAUGUUCGAAACGGAAGAAGAACGUGAGAUCCGAGAGAAAACGAUUGUGAUCGAUGACGACGGUAAAGAUGAACUCGUAUCGGAUUCUUCAAACGAUCCUUAUGAUGAUACAGAAGAUCAGUUCUAUGUUUUUGACGAUUCAGAAGACGAGUUCUAUGAUUGUGAAGAUUGUAGCCACGAGAAUUCAGGAAGCACGGUCUCAAACUCAUACACUCAUAACAACGUAACCCAAAAUCGUUGA